AUGCAGACCACAGACGAUGAAUUCAGCUCGCUCAAAUGCCGCUAUGCCAGUAAGCGCUGCUGGAACCUGCGCGCCAUCAAACGCAAUGGCGAACGCCACAACCUUUGCGAAAUGCACCGCCAGAAGGCUAACAGCAAUCAGCGUCGUCUUGACAAGAAGCGCAAGGCUGGCCAGGCCGCGCUUGGUCUGCCAAGCCACAUUGGCGCCAGCGGGUACUCGGAUCUGGAGCGCCGCUUGCGGAUGCGUGCCUCCAUUGCGCUCAAACUAGAGCAGGAGCUGGGUGCUGUGCCUCUCACGACCCAGUACAUUCGCUCUCCGUCACUCAUCGAGCUACAGCGAGCAGCAGGACUCUUGGCUAUGGGCAGCGGUUUGUCCACAUACAGUAACGAGAUGGAUACAUGGCGCGAGCCGUCGAGCCGAAUGCCAUCAGCCGCGUGGAUGAACGGGUCGUAUCCCAGGAGUCCUCGCGCUAUGCUUCGCUCGGAAGCUGUUGCCACCCCCAAGUUGUUGCCGCCGAUUGCCACUGUAGUGGCGCGAUCAGGGGAAGGACUCAGCUCCGCAAUGCUACAAAGCUCCUGGCACCCGGAAGUUCGGCGGGCGCCCUCCCUCGUCACCCGUGCCAAUAUUUGA